AUGGAAGAAAAACCUUCUUUAAAAAAAUUGCUGGACGAUGAAGAAAGGCCUUCUGAUAGUAAUACAAACACAGGGAACAGAACCGAUGAACCCUCCCUUCAUAAUACUAUGGGGUCUACUCUUCUCAGCUUGAGCCUGAAUAACUCAGGACAGCCCCUUAACCAAAUGGGCAUGCUGAGAAUCAAGCUUGAGGAAGCAAAGAAAGAGAAUGAAAUCUUGAAGGCUAUGCUGAAUCAAGUCAAUGAACACCUCGCUGUUCUUCAGAAUCGCAUACUUUUUGAGAUGCAGCAGCAUCAACCAUCUUCAUCACCUUGCAAUAAUAACAAUAAUCAUGACUCGAAGGAAAAAAUACAAGAUUCGGGGAAACCAAUGCUGCAGACUCGACAGUUUUUGAAUAUUGGUGAGUGUUCUUCAGUUUUUGAGGGUAACACAGAAAAAAUUGAAAAGAAAAUGUUAGGCAGAAACUUCGCAUGUGACAAAAACAACGUGGAGGGUGAAAUCAACAAAAACAUAACAUCAAAUGAAGCAAAAUGCACAGAAGAUCAAGCAUCUGAGGUUACUUGCAGAAGAGCUAAAGUAUCCAUAAGAGCACGAUCAGAUUUUUCUUUGAUUCAACACAAAACAAUUGGGAAACACAUUGAAAUAGGAGAUGGGUGUCAAUGGAGAAAGUACGGACAAAAGACGGCGAAAGGCAACCCUUGUCCCCGAGCCUACUACCGUUGCAGCAUGGGCACUGCAUGUCCAGUUCGUAAGCAGGUGCAAAGGUGUUUUAAGGAUGAGACUGUGCUCAUCACAACCUAUGAAGGGAACCAUAACCAUCCACUCCCACCAGCAGCCAGACCUUUGGCAAGCUCAACAUCAGCAGCAUUGAACAUGUUCCUUUCUGGUUCACUCACAAGUUCAGUAGUUAGCACCACUCAAUCAAACGCACCCCUCUUCUCUUCAUCACUAUCUACUAUUUCUCCAACUGCAAUAGCUACUUUCUCCCACAAUGCAACAUGUCCCACAGUAACACUGGACUUGACCCAGCCCAGCAACAACAAUAACUAUCUCCAAUUCCAAAGGGCCACCACACAACACCCACUGUUCCCUCUCCCACUUCAUGGCCACCCUCAUAAUUCUCAUGAGGGGUUCCACUUGUUUUCCAAGGUUCCCACCUUGUUAACCCCAGACAAAAACCUUGCAUUGGUGGAUGUUGUUAGUGAGGCUAUAACCAAAGACCCUUCUCUCAAGGCAGCUCUUUUUUCAGCCAUUUCCUCACUCACUGGAGAUCCUCAGAAGAACAGCAAUAACCACAGCCAACAAAGUAAGAGUAGCAGUGGUUAUGACCCUUGUUCUAAGAUGCCUGCAAUACCACCUCAUCAGCCUUACACUACUGAGUUGAUAUAG